AUGAAGACGGCUCCUCUGCUCCUCCUCCUCAGUGUGAUUCUGCUGAUCCCGGCCCUUCCUGUGUGGACAGGAAGUGAUGUCACUCUGCAGUGCAGCAAUGGGAAAAUAGCUGCAGCUUAUUUCUUCAUUCAAGGGAGUCCACUUGAACAUAAUCCUAAACCAAAGCACAUCCUCACUAAAGUCCAGAAGUCCGAUGAAGGUUUCUAUUCCUGUUCUACUAAUGAGGAUGGAAAGUCUCCAGAGAGCUUUCUGAGGGUCAGAGAUUCUCCUCCCAGUACAACCUCUCCUCUUCUUCUCGCUACUCCCUCCUCUUCCUCUCCACACUCUUCCUCCUCCCUUCCUCUUUAUCUCCUGGUCCUCCCUGUAGUCCUGGUCCUGGUUGAAGGUGUGGUUCUGUGGAGGAAACAGAGAGGAGGUCGGGGAGCAGAGCUGUGGAGCUGUGGAGGUGACGGCUGUCUGAGACGGAGCGUCUGCCUCUGCUGUGAGUCUCCUUCAUGCUCCUCCACAUGUAUUAUCUGUGUUUCCACCACUGGAGGGCGCUGUGGGUUAUUGAUGUGUGGGAACAGUAACCAAUCACUGCAGGCUGAAUGCUUCUCUUUGGUCAUGUGACCAUUUGAUCUCUGAUCAGUGCGUUCUUCACUUUCAGGCCUGUUUCUGCUGACUGCUGCAGGUGAGCUGAUGUUCCUACACCUGUCUGUCCUCAUCAUGACCUCUGACCUUUGGUGACCGUUAGUGACCUCUGUCCUGUUGCAGGUGUGUGUGUGCUGCUGCUGUCUGCUCUGACCGUUUCUACAGGUGAGUUGAAGGUAACGGGAACUCUGAGGUGAUGUAGGUGCUCUGUGGUGGCUGCUCCAUCAUCAUGUCUAACAAUCCUCGGAGUCAUGAAACCGCCGCUUUUUCUUCUCUCCUUUAUCUGACUCACCGUUUAAAGCUGAUAGGCUGGCAAAUAAAGCUUCUCUGUUCCGUGUACUUGGAUCAGCUGAUCAGAGGAAAACACAAAAUAAUGUUCACUACUCAAGCUACAUUUCUCCUUUAAUGUAUUGAUCAGAUUUAUAUAUAAAUUAUAUCUUUGAUUAGGAGUAAAGAUGAUUUACGACUAGCACAUAUAGA